AUGGCUACAGAAGAUGAUAACUUCGACAUUGAUAUCUAUGGUGAUGGAGGUGGCUACAAUACCAAUGAUCAAGCCGACUUCAAGCAGGAUGACACGGACUUGAUUCUAGACGUUGCUGAGAGCGUGCCAGAGCCGGCGCAGGCCCCAGUGCCUCAGGUUGAGCCCAAACAAUCAGAUUCCAACCAAACUGUCCUUGAAUCCGCUAUCAAACCCGCUACAGAAACCUCUCCAUCAACCCACAACAAUCCCUCCGGCUCCACUCAAUCUAACACAAUGCCUCAGACCGUUGGACCCCAUGGUGUUAAGCGCAAAGACUAUGAAGGUCGCCCUCAUCCAGAUGCGACAACUGCCCUGUUGAUAUCAGAUCUCCAAUGGUGGAUCACUGAUGAUGCCAUCCGCGCCUGGGCAAACGAAGCUGCGUGUGAAAAUGAGCUGAAAGACGUAACUUUCAGUGAGCACAAGGUCAAUGGAAAGAGUAAAGGUCAAGCAUUCGUGGAAUUUUCCACCCCUGCUGCUGCUGCAACAACCAAGACCUUAAUUGAAAGUAACCAUAAGUUCAACAUUAGCUUCACGAACCCCCACAGCAACCCCUUCCGCACUCUGCCCAAGGAUACCCCUGUUCGCCGGGAUGGGGGCCGUGGUGGCAUGUCUGGAGGCUUCACCAACAACGGCCACGCCCAAAACCAGAACUUCAGUGGUGGUAUGAACAUGGGUGGUUACCGUGGCCGAGGUGGCUACAACAACAACAACAACAACAACAACAACCGCGGCAUGGGUAUGAACAACUUUGGCCGAGGUAACUACAAUUCCAUGGGCUUCCAAGGUGGUGGUGGUGGUUUCCAGGGCGGUUUUCAGGGCGCCCCCAUGGGUAACAUGCCCUACAACAACUUCAACCGAGGUGCUAUGAUGGGUGGCAUGCGUGGCAACGGCAUGCGCGGCCGCGGCGGAAACAUGAACCACAUGGGUAACAAUAUGGGCGGUAACAUGGGAAUGAACCAGAUGGGUAUGCCGAUGAACCAGAUGGGCGGCAUGGCUAUGAACCCUAUGGCUGGAGGUAUGAACCCCAUGAUGGGUGGUAUGGGAGGAGGAAACAUGGGCAUGCAGGGACAAGGAUUUCAAGGCGCCCAGAGCCCUGCCUUCAACCAAAACUACUUUCAGGGUGCCCCUGCGGCCGCCGGAAACGCAGGCGAAGCAUCCUGGAACCCCCACGGCGCCAAGCGCAGCCGCCAGGAGUAG